UUUGCUUCAAAAAAUGAUCAUGGUGAAUCAUUUGAAGCUUGGGUUAAUCAAAUUUAUAGCUCAGAAGAUGUAGAUACUAGUAAUGAUACAAGUCUUAAAGAUUCUAAUACUAUAGAAUAUUUGUUAUCUGUAGAUUGUUCCGGGCUUUUAGAAAAAGCUCAUGCUGCCAUUUUUUUGUCUAUUGAUGAAUUGUGGAGUACAUCUAAUGAAAUAGGGUUGAAAGCCUCUAUCCUGGAUUCACGGAUAAUAAAGCUACUUCUAUUUGCCACAAUUUUGGAACAGGAACAAACUAAAGCUCAAAUUCGUGAAAAAUUAUUAUUAUUUAGAACUCAAUUAGAUGAUUCAAAUAGUAAUGAAAAUAUAGAAAGAAGUUCU